UGUAAUUAUUUUCAUGGAAUAGUCUCACAUGAGAUCUAUCAAUAUGCAGAGACUUUUUUAUGCCUUGUGUUUUCAUUGAUGCACGUAUUGGAUAGUAGUAGUAGUAUACAUUCUUUAUGCUCACUUCAUUUUUAUAAUGACCUUUAAUUUUGCAAAUCGAUAUUUUGGUUGAAACUUUGCUUCUCAUAAUGUCAGUUGUUUUUAACUUUGACAUUAGAAAUACUUUUUCCAUCGCUAAGAAAGAAAUUGUAAAAAGUAGAGAAUUGAAAUUAAUCGAUGAUGUGCUUUUCACUGGUGAUACUGACGAUGAUAAUGUCAUGGAUUAAAAGCGAUUCUUCUUCAAGUACAUUGGACGUGAUUUAUCAAUGUCAAACCGUCAGGUUUGUUAUCGCUUAAAACAUACGAUAGAGAAAAACAAGUCACUUUAUGUUCUGCUGAACAUUGAUGGAACAUAGAGCAGAGGCUUGUUGAAAUUUACUUGGUUUGGCUAUAACUCUUGCAAAACUGGCAAAACUUGAUGGAAUGUGUUUAUACAACUUUACAGUGUUUUUCAUGGAUCCAGUUCUUAAAAUCGCAAUUUAGCACCAGCUUGGUACGCCAUGGAAUGCCGAACUUGAAAGGAUUUCAAUCAUCUUUGUAUUUACCCUUCUCCCAGCAUUAUGUUCUUGUCGAAAACAUAUCACUGCUAAUAAUCUCUAGGUGUAAUGAAUUGUGAUUGAUGCAAUUUUUUUUUUUUCUUUUUACUUUUCAACCUUAUGAGAAACCUCUUUCUUUGUAAUGAAGAUCAGUGCAACAAGAUUUGUUGUUGUUACACUUCCUUUGUGCAGUGGCUACAUGAAUGUAUGUCGCGUCAUGGGAAACGAUGACAUUUUGAACACCAUUUUCAUGCGCUAUUACCUGUAUUGAACAUUUAUAGCAUAAACUAGAUUGCACAGCUGUUAAAAGGAAAAACUUGGUUUACAAUGGAGUCAUCUAUAACUACUGUGGAGUCUGUUCUCACAGUGAAAACAACAAAAUGUUGUCGGUUUAGUUUUGAUAUUGAAAAUGGCGCAUCACCAAGUCGAAGCCCAGGCUUUGAGGCAUCAAGUCCAUCAUCAGCGCUCGUGCUAUCUGCAAACUUUCCACAAAGGAGGGAGUCAUUUCUCUACAGAUCAGACAGUGACUUUGACCUGUCCCCAAAAUCUAUGUCUAGGAAUUCAUCAAUUGCUAGUGAUACACAUAAUAAUGAAGAUGUUAUUGUCACACCUUUUGCGCAAAUUCUUGCAAGUCUACGAAAUGUACGAAAAAACUACAUCGCGAUUACUGGAGUACCCGCCAGCUCAAACAGACAGUCACCAAGAGUGCCAAAUCUGAGCACCAAGUCAGGGACAAUAUCCAUGGAUGAACCAAUCCAAAAGCUGGCAUCAGACACUCUGGAGGAAUUGGAUUGGUGUAUGGAACAGUUAGAGACUAUGCAAACACACAGGUCGGUCAGUGAUAUGGCCACAAGUAAGUUCAAGCGUAUGUUGAGGCGAGAACUCACGGCAUCGUCAGAAUCUAGCAAGUCGGGCAAUCAAGUCUCUGAAUAUUUAUUUCAAACUUUCCUUGAUAAGGAAAGAGAAAUUGAUAUACCUAUUCCGCAUCAUCGGGGAAACGUUGAUUCGCCCACUAUGAAUACACCGAAGAAUAUCAACCAUGUGAAAAACGUGAAAAGGGCAAAUGAAAUGAGCAAAAUUAAGGGAAUACAGAAACUGAAACAUCAUAACAGCGUUGUAGUAGAAGAUGUACCAAAAUAUGGCAUCCCCGUUUUAAAAGAAGAGGAACUCGAUAAAGAAAUGGCAAAUGUUGAAAAAUGGUCGUUUGAUAUUUUUCGGAUCAAUGAACUCACACAAUCCCGACCUCUGACUGUAGUUACGUACACACUUCUACAGGAACAGGGAUUUUUAAAGACGUUUCAAAUACCAGCAAAAACACUGGUGACUUAUUUGAUGACGCUAGAAGAUCAUUACAAGAAGCAAAUUCGAUACCAUAAUCAAAUCCAUGCAGCAGAUGUCGUCCAAUCAAUUAACUAUUUAUUGCGGGCUCCAGCGCUUGAGAAUGUCUUUACAGAUCUCGAAAUAUUGGCUGCCUUGUUUGGGGGCGCUAUUCAUGAUGUUGACCAUCCUGGCUUGAAUAAUCAGUUUUUGGUGGCAACAAGUUCUGAACUUGCUAUUAUGUACAAUGAUGAGUCUGUUUUGGAGAAUCAUUCAUUAGCUGUUGCCUUCAAGCUACUGCAAUGCGAGAACUGCAAUAUCUUCGAAACAUUGACAAGUAAACAGUUCCAAACCCUACGCAAAAUAAGUAUAGAUAUGGUUGGCUUCAUCGAUUAUAUAGUGCAUCCUCUAUGGGAGACUUGGGCAGACCUUGUAUACCCCGAUGCCCAGAACAUUCUCGAUAACCUCGAGGAGAACCGAGAUUGGUACCAGAGCCAAAUACCGAAUAGCCCGCCCUCGCAAGAACUUGCAAACGCACCCGAUUCAACAGAAAAGUUCCAAUUUGAUCUACGGUUAGAGGAGGACAAGGGCGAUGCAGUUGAAGAAAAAGUAGACGCGUUUGAAUUACAGAUCACAGAAGAUGACCUGGUGCUGUCUGACACCGAUUCGGUGGCUACGCUUGUGAAGGGUGAAUCUUCGAACACUCAAUUGGCCAAUGACACUGCUUUAGCAAUAGAUUCCACGUUAGCCAUGCAGCAUUUAUAGUCACAUGGCAUGCAUCGAACUGAAUAAGGAUAACGUACAAUGAUAUUAGUAAAUCAUACCAGUCCAGCAUCUGGAGGGAACAUUUUUGCAGAUUAAACAUCUGCAGGCAAUACAAUGAAGAUGAGUACUCAACUGAUGUUUGCAAAAUUGAUCAUCAACUUUGUUGAAACUACUGGUACUGAUUCUGGUAGCUAUCUUCUGAGAGACAUCUAAUUAUUUUGGAACUCAUGUUUAUUUCAUCGUUGGUUAAACCUGAGGGACUCGAUUCAUUUGAUUGUUUCAUUUAGGUAUUAAAAGUGCUAAACUACCCAGUGUGUCUGUGCAUAUGGUGCCUACAUUUCUAUACAAUUUAAAGUUCUGGAUUGUUAAGCCUGAGCUGAAAUUUAAUGACCCGAAUGAACAUCAAUACAAAAAGACAACUGUCAUUCAAACAGUGCAGUAUGUUGACUGUGUAUAUAACUGGCACCCUCAAGUUCAGCAUUAUAAACCAAUUAUUGUGGUUUCUAUGAAUAAUGAUUUUUUUUUUUUUUUUUUUUUUUUAUUGGACGAAAAUAUAAAUUGUGUUCAUUUAUAUGCUAAAAACUCUUACUAUGUUUCACCAAAAUUAAUAAGUCAUCAAAAAUGUUGAAGGAUGCCACAGGGUGGUUUAAAAUUGGGGUUGUAGAUUGCUAUUAAUACGUCGUUCCUAUUACUACAGCGUUUUCCACAGCACAAUUUAAUAGGUAUGUUAUUAAUGCCAAUUAUUAUUUGCCACAGUCAACCUAAAUCAGAUUACCAAAUCUACCUUGCAAACCCUGGGUCCUUCUAGGCUGUUGAUUUUCUUAUAUUCUUACUAUAUAUGGAACUUUAUCAUUUCUGUUCAUAUGCUAGGUAUUAAUGUAAUGCGACUACUGCAAGAAAUUCAUACCUAAUUUUGAAUUUAAACAAUUCAAAUAAUUUAAUUCCUAGCCAGCGUUUGCGAUGAAUAAAAAGGGUCAUUUUUACAGGUUAAAUGCACAGACCGACCUGCAAUGUGUGCGACAGUAUGUAAAUGUUAUUUAUUUGUGUUUAGUUCAGGAAAUUGGAUGAAUACAGGGUGUACAUUGUUGGAAUUCUGAAUAGUUUAGUAAUAGAACUUUAAAAAUAGUGGGAUGAUAACAAUAAUGCAGUAUUUAUAUAGCGCAUGCAAUAAACUGACUCGAUGCGCUUUAUAUUAUUACCCCCCAGUCGCUGGAGCAAACACUUUUGUAAGACACCCUUAGCUCCUUGGGGAUCACAAUUCCAUAAGCGGAUAGAUUCUGUGCUUGAUUUUAGUUGUCUGAGGACACAAGCGAGUUGCACAGCAAGGUUUGAACCCCUGAUAACUGGGCUAGAAGUCCGAGCGACAGCCAUUGGGCCAGCCACCUCUAAUGGAAAUGUGUAUUAUAACAAUUAUGAACAAUUAUGAAAUUAUUUAGCGUACAGAGAACAUCUCACAAUACAAUUAGUGUCAAAUCAUGUAAUAUAGAAGAAAAAAUGUUUUAUGAAAUCUGGUAUUAGUGAAGGUGCUGGAAUCAUGUAGAGAUUCUCCGAUAUUCUAACAAUUUAUAGAUCAGCUUCAUUUACAUUCAGAACUUACAGUGUCUGUUUUUGUAUGUCACACAGUAGUUAUUCUCUUUUAGAAAUAUUGAAUUGUAUGAUUAAGGAGUCAAACUAAAUGGAAACCCAAUAUUCAUAUUUACAUCACCAAAAGCAAAUAAUCUAAUCGUAGGAAUUGGGAAUAAGUCUCGAAUAGCAAACAAGCAGGCUAACUUUCUUAAAACCAGUGGCAGAUCUAGGGAUUUGAUAGAGAGGGGCCCAGGGAGGGAACUUCACAGAUGGAGGGUGCAGACCAACCUCAGAACCACGAUGUUCGGUGCCCCACCCCCCCCCCCUUUUUCCCCCUUUUGAAUCUGCCACUGUAAACUUCAAUGGUUCACACUUCCUUCUGUAUAUUAUUAAAAUUUCAGGUUUAAAUGUUAUUCAUUCAUCUGUUAUAGAAUUUGGUGCCUGCAUUUAAUAAUGUACCCUCUAUUUAGUCUCCAUUUGGAUAGAUUUGUGUUUAUGUGCGUGUGUCAUGGUUAGAAAUCAAGCCAAAAAAUGUUCAGGAGAUUGUGUUACUUGAAGAAUUGUAAACAUGGUUGGUCACAAUAGACGUUAGAGAAGGACUUACUAUACAAUUUUCACAGUACAAAUGUUAAAGUAUAAUUGUAAUCAUACAUGUAGACAAAUAAAUGUUAUUGAUUUUAUAUUGGAUCUGGUUAAUUAAGGACUUAGAAUACCUCUUUCAGAAUUGAUAAUGUGUUGAAGAAAUAAUGUUUUUUAAUCCAUGAUAUUGAAAUUUGAUCUUGUGCAACCACAACAUUGUCACUUGAUUAAAGUUCUAGAAAUUUACCGUUUAAGAAAGAUAAGUACGGUACCGAGACGAUCUUGCUAAAGAGAUCAUUGAUUGUCGUACGACCAUCGCACAAGCAACCAAAGUUCUCUCCCUGUGACCGCUAGACCAUGCGAUGCCGUCUGGUGAUUGUUUGUGGCAGCCUAAACAGAUCGUCGUUAAAAAUAAUCGGUUGCACACGCAUUGUCGCUUUUCGUACUUUAUAGAAUCGCAUCGACUGUCGGUCGCAAUGAGUGCCCGCCUAAUACGUUCUGAUUGGCCAGUUGUUUGGUUCACACUCUGGAAGGGGUACAUUAUGUCAACUCCCAUCAACAUUAUACUAAACCUGACUCUGAAAUAAUCUUUGUUUACCUCAAUUGUAACAUAUCAAUUUGCCAUGGAAUUUAAUAAUUAGAUUUCUGUAUUUUAUCUAUUAAAAAUUAUGAAGGGAAAGAAAAACACUGCACUAGAAAAAUGGUUGUUUUUAUGUGGCGAAUGUAAGAAAAAUGUUGUAGGUCUACUUGUUGCCCUGAUUAUAUAAUUCAACUGUCAAUUAUUAAUUAAUUAUCUUAAGCCCUGUCAAGACUUAUCCAAUUUUGUUUGACAAAAACUUGUGGCAUGCCUAAAUGACAUCACAUCAUGACCAUAUAUAGUCACAUCAUGAAUAUAUAUGGGCAUGCAAUAGUUUUUUGUCAAAGAAAAUCUGAUAGGCUGGACACAGCUGUAGUUAGAUAUUGCAAACUGGUUUUUGAUAGUGGUCAUUCCUACAGCAAUGGUUUUGAUAGUGUGUAGUUGUUUCUUGUCAAGUUACCAGUGAAGAAUUUUGCCCACCAUGUGACUGGCAUUAUACACUGCUCCUGUUUAUUAGGAUAGGCAAGUUUUAGAGUAUUUGGCGUGUGUGCAUCUAUGAACCGGAACUGAUAACUUGCAUUAUUAGAAACUAAUGCAAGUGUCUCUACUAUCGUUACUCAUGUUUAGAGAUGAAUUAUAGAUAAUAGAAUUUAAGUAAGUAGUGCUGGUCAGCAUUGAUGUAUGAUCUGUUCAUACUAUAUAUCAUGAUAUCCCUAUAUAUGGACAUGAUGGGUUGUUGUCUUGAGCAUAUUUAGGCAUGUCACCUGUUUUUUCUCAAGUAAAAAUGAUUUGAAAGCCUGGACGGGAAUUAAGAAACUGAACAAGCGUAUGAUACAGUAUUAUGAAUAUUUAGAUGCUGAAAAUUGGUUUUGGAUAAGAUAUAAAUGUGAGUGAAUAAAAUAUCUAUUCAUUAAUUAUAAUUAAAAUCAAUGAAUAUUCAUUCCUUUAAUGCACAUUAUUAAUUAUUAAUAUGCAUUAAUGUAGACAAUAAAUGAAUAUUCAUUAAUGUAGUAAGUUGAAUAUUUAUUCCUUAAAUGCACAAAUGUUUUUAUAUUCAGUAAUACAGACAAUAAAUAAAUAUUCAUUACUUUAGAAACAAUAAUUGAAUAUUCAUAACUAGAUCCAGAAAAAGAAUAUUCAUAACUAGAGCCAGAAAAAAAAUAAUAUACAUAACUUGAUACCUAAAAAAAUGAAUAUUCAUAACUAAAUCAAGAAAAAAAAUUAAUAUUUAUAACUAAAUUCAGAAAAAAAAGAAUAUUCAUAACUGUAAAUCCUGAAUAAUUAUUGUAAAUUGAGGGUGAAAUGAAUAUUCAUUAGUAAAGAACCCCAAGAAAAUGAAUGUUAACUAUGUACAACCAGAGUAGAUAAAUAGAUAACUUACAGUCAUGUGAAAAUAAGCCCAUGACCUUAAUGGCAUCUGAUUGGCUGAUUUAUUUAGAAGCAUGAAUGCAAGAUAUUUAAACUAAAUAUUUAUAACUACAAGUAAUUAUCCAAAUAUUGGAACUGAAAAUCCAUAUUUUUUUUAAGUGAGAAACUAUUGAAUUAUCAGGUUACUGCCUGCUUUGUAUAUAUCUUUAUGAAAAUAGUAUUUUUCUUUUAAUCUCAUAUUGUACGUUUUCACCUCUUAUUUAUUGUCAUCGGAAAACAUAAAAAUCUAAUUUCAAUAUUUUUCUAAUAAUCCCAUUUUUUGAAACCCUGAACUUGGCACAACACUAAUACUUUACCUUUAGGUACUAUUUCUAUAUAUUUUUUUAAAGAACCCUUAACAUUUUGAAUAUUAUUACUGUGUUGCCCCCAAAAGAUAACCAAUAUAUAUUCCUGUCAUAUUUUUUUUAUGAAAUAGGAAAUAUGGGAUAAGUGGUAUAUAUAGAGCCAGUAUUUCAAUGUUUGCAAAUUGAAAUUUACCACUACAACUGAAAUUCAAACAAUUUGUUUUGGGGUGUUUUUAUUUUAUUAUACACUUAGUACCACAGAGAAAAAGAAAGUCAUCAACUCUGAAAUUUUUGUCACCAGCAAUAAAAAUUGGUGGAUAUCUCUAACAAUAACUUUUUUUUUUCAUAAAUAUUUAUAAUUCAGAAUAUUUAAUUAAGAAUCAGUUUUGUGAUUAUUCUCUGAAAAAGGUUCUCAUUAAUUUCCUUCUUAUGAAAUGUUAUAACACAAAUUAAGUGGAAUUACAAACAACUAGAAAUAAAUAAAAUUAACAUGAGAAAAA